UCAGUGUGUGUGUGUGUGUGUGUGCGUGUGUGUGAGUGUGUGUUGGUGUGCGUUAAUACCAAUUAUCGACCAAAUACAAAAGGCAAUUUCCCGGACCCGCGGGCCCAUUAACUUCUUCCUAUUUAUUUUUUUUAUUCUUGUUGUAAUUGUUGUUCUUUUGUUUCCUAUGGAAAUUGACCAACAAACGGCAACGUUUAUUAACUGAGGCAGCCGCUCGAAACCCGCCAAAAACAGCAGGCUAAAAAACAGAGCACCGCAAACUCAGUUAUGCACUCAAAAGUGCAACCACAGCAGCAGCAGCACCACCACCACAAUAAACCACCAACAGCACACAAAUAGCAUUUUGCAGUCAUUUACUUAGAAAUCGAAGCACGAGUACAAAACAGCCAACAACAAGCACAGCUAAUAUAAAGCCACAGAUAAGUCGGGUGAAACCAGAACCAGGAAAAACUCAGCUAACAAAAUGGUGGACGACAUUUCGCCCAUGCAUCAUCGUAUGCAAAAAAAGACGCGCAGCGCCUCGAUUUGUGCCACUGGGGCAAGCAUCGAGACAGUCAUCCACAACAUGCCCUCGGGCAGUGCCACGCCCGAGGGCGGCACACCCGGCUACAGACGUCGCCGCCCAGCCACACGCUCCCAAAGUGCACGCAUCACCUCGGGCGCCAGAUCGGUACGACGACGCACCCAGGCGCAGCAGCAGCAGCAGCAACCGCUGCAGGACACACGCUCCUAUUGCACCAGCGAGCCGCGCCUCAGUGAAACAGAGACGCCACCGCAGCGACGUAAGCUCUCCCAACGCCGGCCGCAGCCACACGGGCAUAGAAAAUCGAACGCCUUUCUGGACGUGCCCACAAUGAACAUGCAUCACCUGAGAGUGAACGAUGACGACGAGGAUGUGGAUCGCCUGCGCACAUUUAGUGCAUCCAAAGGAGGCAUCAUCAAUCGCGGCGACUCGUUUCGCAGGCGUCGCUCGCGCAGCAGCAGCCUUGCACCGGUCAGUCCAAUGCAUCCGCGUAAUGCGAUGGCCGCAUUAAAUGGUGGCGGUGGCGGGGGCAGCAGUUUGGGCCUGGGCAGCAACUACAAUGGCGGCGGCAGCACCAAUGGCUUCGCCGAGAGCUCCGCCCAGGACAAUCAUCAGCCGGUGGAAUUCUAUCGCGUGGAGAUGCUCGGCUCCCAGGGUGUGGGCAAACAGGCGCUAGUCUCACAGUUUCGCACCUCCGAUUGCAUCAAUGCGUAUGACGGGCCAGAGUGCGACGAGGCUGAGCAGAAUGUUUCAAUUAUUUUGAACGGCACCGAGUCGGAGCUAAAGUUUCUCACUGGCAAUCCGGACAGCAAGGAGGAACUGGAACAGGCGGAUGCAUUUCUGGUCGUCUAUUCCUGCAUAGACAAGGAGUCAUUUACGCGAGCCAAACAAAUCUUAUCGCGCUUACAGGACAUGGACCUGCUGCGCCAUCGACCCACCAUUCUAGUGGCCAACAAAAUUGAUUUGGCCAGAUCACGCGCUGUCUCAGCGCAGGAUGGCAAGUGCGUGGCGUGCACCUUUGGGGCCAAGUUCAUUGAGGUAUCCGUGGGCAUUAACCAUAACUGUGAUGAACUGCUCGCCGGCACUUUGACCCAGAUACGCCUGAAGAAGGAUCACAAUCUAUUGCAGCUGAAUCCGAAAAAGUCGAAAGACAAAUCUAAAUUUAAAGAUAGCAAAGACAAGCACGUAGAGACUGUAGAAACUGAUAAAUGUCUGACAUUGACUGAUCUUAAGGCCGACGAUGCGGUAGCGGGUCCCAGGGACGGCAGCUCGCCGGCGCAUUGGUACAAGAGUAGGAGCGUAAUGCUGGCCAGCAUGAAGGCGCGACAGAUGCUCACAUGGAUACUGGGAAAGGAGGACUCUAAGUUCAAGCACUGUGAGAAUCUGCAGGUGCUCUAAAGAUGAACUGUAUAAGCAAGCUCAAAAGCUCAACGGCAAAUAAGUAAAACACCAAAAUUCAAAUAAACCUUAACAAAAAAUGCCUAAAAUUAUACGAGUGUAUGUAAGUAAUCUAUGCAUAAAAAAAUAAUAAAUAAAUUAAAUGUAAUUGUAAUUGUAUUUGUAACUCGAUGAUCAAAAUAGUAUGUGAAUAUUUUCUAGAGCCGCAAAACAGAACCAACAAAUUAAAAUAUAACCUUAAAACGUAAACAGGUUUCGAUGUUUCGAUAACCUAUUAUAAAUCGAUUGAUCGCUAAUCGUCUGUUUGUGUAAGCAGCAAUGUCCAACAAUUUGCAUUAUAAAAGCCUGAUAAUCAAAAAUUAAAUCAAAUUUAAUGAAAAAAAAAAAAACACAAAAACAAUA